AUGCGUAAACUUCAUGUUUUGCCACGACUGUCGUUCAAUCGUUUGCCAUCCGGGGAAAAGGAAGCUGAUAGGGUGUUCCUGAGCACAGUAGCUACGGUGUUCCUGAGCACAGUAGCUACGGUGUUCCUGAGCACAGUAGCUACGGUGUUCCUGAGCACAGUAGCUACGGUGUUCCUGAACACAGUAGCUACGGUGUUCCUGAGCACAGUAGCUACGGUGUUCCUGAGCACAGUAGCUACGGUGUUCCUGAGCACAGUAGCUACGGUGUUCCUGAACACAGUAGCUACGGUGUUCCUGAGCACAGUAGCUACGGUGUUCCUGAGCACAGUAGCUACGGUGUUCCUGAGCACAGUAGCUACGGUGUUCCUGAACACAGUAGCUACGGUGUUCCUGAACACAGUAGCUACGGUGUUCCUGAGCACAGUAGCUACGGUGUUCCUGAGCACAGUAGCUACGGUGUUCCUGAACACAGUAGCUACGGUGUUCCUGAGCACAGUAGCUACGGUGUUCCUGAGCACAGUAGCUACGGUGUUCCUGAGCACAGUAGCUACGGUGUUCCUGAGCACAGUAGCUACGGUGUUCCUGAGCACAGUAGCUACGGUGUUCCUGAGCACAGUAGCUACGGUGUUCCAGAGCACAGUAGCUACGGUGUUCCUGAGCACAGUAGCUACGGUGUUCCUGAGCACAGUAGCUACGGUGUUCCUGAGCACAGUAGCUACGGUGUUCCAGAGCACAGUAGCUACGGUGUUCCUGAGCACAGUAGCUACGGUGUUCCAGAGCACAGUAGCUACGGUGUUCCAGGCAACAUCACGCCCUGUCACCUACUGCUGGAAUGCUCGCUGGGUCCUCCACACCGAGGCUCCCUUCUUACUCCCAAUUCCUCUUCAAGAAAACGGAGAAAAAUGUGGACCUUUCCAGGACGUCUUCCAG